UGCUGCCAAUCAUCCGAAUUAGUUGGCGCUUAUAUCGAUAUACCGAUAAAUUAUCCACAACCCUAAGCUGUUUGUUUCGGGAGCUGGCAACUUGCUGUGCGCUGUUUUUCGUUUGUUGUGAAAAAAUAAAUUGUCAGGAAAAUAAAACGCGACGACGACGACACACGUCGUUUGAUUCUCUUUAAGUCCAAUCAUGUCGCAACAGCGGGCAUCGGAGCAAAACGCAGCCAGCAACAACGCGGUGGUUAACUUGGACGAUGGCGACGACGAGGAGGACGAAGACGUCCAGUUUGUUGGAGUUGUGCGUCCUAUGACGAGUGUCAUCGAUCUCUGCCUGUCCCCGUCGACUUCCGCAGCAGCUGCAGCCAGGGCAGCAGCAGGUGCUGCUGGUGAUGCAGUUACUCCACCUCCUCCUGCACCAUCAUCGCCGGGGCAAGCUUUGAAAGCAACUGCCGCAGAAGAAGCUCCACCGACUUCUGCCGAGGAGAGCGCUGCACCACUGGAAUGUCCCAUCUGUCUGCAGACCUGCAUCCAUCCCGCCCGCCUGCCGUGCGGCCACAUCUUCUGCUUCUUGUGUGUUAAGGGCGUUGCGUACAAGAACCGACGUUGCGCCAUGUGUCGCCGCGAAAUUCCCGCCGAGUUUCUGGACCAUCCCCAGUUGGUGAAUGGCAUCGAAGACAUUUGCGCCACCCGGGCCACCGAGGACGGCUAUCAAUGGUACUACGAGGGACGUAAUGGUGGUUGGUGGGCCUACGAUCCGCGGACGAACGAUGACAUCGAAGCUGCCUAUGCAGGCUAUCUGAACUUCAAGUCGACGUCGGAUGAAGAUUGUUUUCUUGUUGAAAACGAACCAUUGCCUUCUGGCACUGAUGACUAUGACACCUCCGAUGAGGACGGGUCCAGCUCCGAGAAUCUCGCGGAUAUUGGACCGCAUCCGGGCCGGCUGCACAUCCAAAUCUGCGGAGCUAUCUACGUCAUUGACUUCCUCCGCAUGACACAGUAUCCCCGGUCGGAUACUCUCCGCCGCAGAAACAUAAUCCGGCGGAAGACAUCCGGUUCGGUGCCUGGAGUCACCAAAGGCGUCGCCGGACUUAGCAAGAACCAAAUAUCCAACUAGUUUGUAAAUAAAACACAACCCCACCCGCGACAUUCCACCCGCUCCUCACACCUAUUCCCAUGUUGUUAAAAAUCAAAAAAUAUGCUGUGAUUUAGAGGCCAAAACAAAACGAGAAACAAGUUCCUCCUCCAGUCCGAUUAGUUUGUUGUUAAAUGUGUAAUCGCAGGUUGGUGGCAAUACGACGAUCGCACGAGUCAGGACAUAGAGGAGGCCUUCAAGAAGGGCGACAAGUCCUGCACCAUCCUGGUGGCCGGCUACGUAUACAUUGUGGAUCUGGAGCAGCUCGUCCAGCAGCGCCAGAACGAACCAACCCGCUGCCGGCGGGUUAAACGAGACUUGGCCACCAUACCUAAGAAGGGGGUGGCCGGCCUUAGGAUCGAGGGCAACCAGGUGACCAGUGACACCAUCUUCAGUAGACCCACCAGCACCACAUCCACUCCGGCGACCGUGGCGGCAGCAGCCUCCAGCUUUAUAUCCACGAUUGCGGCUACGGAUGCGGCGAUCAGGAUUGCCAGCGACAUCAUCGGCUCGACACUGGCCCAGGCGGACGAACUAACCAGAGGACUGGCGGCCAGCAACAUCAGCGAAGAUCCCAGCGGUGAGCAAAUCCAAUCCACAGAUCCUCAAGAAGCAGGACGCUCGCCUGCCUCCUCUCCCCCCAACUCCAUACAAGAUCUCAUCACAGAGGACUUGCGGAAUACCCAGCAGGUGAUUGCCCACAACCAGCACACCAUCGAUCUCUUCGAGCAGGCCUUGAACGACUUCCAGGCGCUGACCAUGCGCAAUUACGUGGACUCCAGCGACGAGGAGGACGAGAUACAGACACAGACUCAAGAUCAGGAGGCAGGCGAGCCGUCUCAGACCGGGGAAAGUCAUCAGGGAGCUUAAGAGAGUGACCUAUAGAGUUUCGCCCACAUACACCUAAAUAAAUGAUCAAUGUUCCUUUUAGAAGAUUUCACAAAGCGGAAUGGGGAAUGUUAACUAGAGAAAUGCAGCGCGUACCUGAGAAUAUAUCAACUAAAUAAUAAUAUUUAACGGAUAAGCUCUGGGCUAGGAGCGUUGAGAACAGAACAAGAAACAGAAACAGAUCAGAAGUGAACAGUACAGGGUACAGGGUAAACGAACAUAUAUUCCUUAAAGAUUUAAGACCGCCUGCAAUUAAUCCACAGAUUGUAUUUCCAUAUAGUUACUUACCCAACAAGAAGAAUUGUAGUUCAAGUUCUUACAAAUUACAAGUUUCCUUGACACCAAUAGGCUUCUACCAAUAUGAUAUUCCGAUGUACAUAACUCAGUCUAUAAAUAUGAUAUUCGAUUCCUUCCCAAAUUCCAAUGGACAGCGUUGUGUGAAAACGACAAUAUAUGUGAGUUGGGUUUUACUCGACAAGGGUGUGAUUCUUGGAGGUCAAUUUUAGGAAACCCCCAUUAGACGAUCGGUCUCAGUGCGUUUAGAAAGGCUUCUCGAUUCUGACGAUAUUAAUACUAAUAAUACUUUCCUCUUGGUCAUGGGAGUGAUAUAAUUUUCUUUUUAUUUUCAAAACGCACUGUAGUCGGAGAAUCAGAUCCCAGUAUUAAAUAUUAAGCCGCCGUUAUGUGCGUUAAGGAAAAAAACAGUUCUGUGACAGUUAAAUAUUAUAUUUACAUAUACCUUAAGUUACUAUUAAAGAAAUAUAUAAAAUAAUCAUUGGAUAUCCAAGAACUUGAUGUAUAUUUUAAGAGAUAUACGCCUGAUUUAAUAAUCUCAAUUUUGUGACUACUAUUUAUAGAUUCGUUUUCGAUAUGUACCCCGCCAUUACUCCUAACAGCGAAAUGCGUUUUCGUAGCCUCCCUAAUAUCAACGAUAUUCCUAAAGCUCUACUGAACCCGACCUCGAAAAUACACAAUACCCCUUCCGGUAAUAUUCAAAAUCUUAUUUAUUGCUAUUUUUAAAGGCCUCAUCUGGAAUUGUCAUCUUAAAAGGCUUCUUCGUCCUUUGCAUUUCUUCUUGAUAUCGUAAUAACAUUUCUCUAUCUCAUCACUGACCCAGAAUGCCAUUAUUUCAUAUCCGGAAAUCAAAAUUAUAUAGUUCUAAUUUCCCUAUUUAAUAUGGUGGCAGUAGCCUUAUAGCUUUCUUAAAAAUCACAAAACAUGAAUCAAAACUGAAAUGUGCCAAGUAACAUUUUUUGAGCAAUCGCUUCUAAAUAUAUAUAUUUUCGACAGCACUGAUCGGGAGAAUAUAUCAUUUCCAGCACUUUUCUAAGGAUUCUCUGUCAUUUAUUUAAAUAGUAAGAAUUACAACUAAGUUGAUCCAUGUUUAAGAGUAAAGUUUUGCUGAAACCGAUUAAUGUUAAUUAGCAAUCAAGAACCUGUGCAAAAUAUACUUUUAUAAUAAUUUAGAUCCUAAGACUUGUCGAAUGUAAUUAUGUUUGGCUAUAAAGACCGUUCACAAUAGUUGUGUUGGAUAUUACGAUAAUAAAUAAUAUAUAUUCUUUUUUA